CUUCUUUGCUCUUAUUUCUUUUGUUCCAUACUUUUUCCUCGAUACAUAUGUAUACUACCAUGCUUAUUUCUACUAUCGCUUGUUGGUUGUUAAGCAUAGGUUCUGAGCGAAUAACAACGAGAAUAUCUUGCAACUGAGUGAAUAAUGUACACAUAUGUGUGCGUUUAUGCGUGUGUACUUGUAUGCAGCAGUAGUAGAACGCAAUAAUUAAGGUUAACAUUAAAAAUAUAUAUUAAAGCCCAAAAGAAAAAUCGUAUUGAAAAGCAUCGACAGAUAUUCGUUCGAUUGCAUUAAAAUAUUUAUACAAUAAAAGCUCAGCACAAAGCGCAGAUAUAUAGUGAAAUUAAACAAUAUUAUAGAAGGGAAGGAAAAAGUGUUGUGCAGAAAAAUUGCAUGGUAAAAGGCAAAAAAUCUCAUAAUGGAUACAUCUGGGAAUAAUCGUUAUGAACUUUUGUUCAUGGACGAUGACAUUAGCGAUCCAUUAGAUAAUAUUGUCGCUAAAAAGAAGAAGCAAGUCAAAUCAACAACCGCUUCGACUGGAACCGUAUCCAAUCAAAGGACGGCGAACAAACAAAUUGCCGAAGGUAUCAGCAAGGUCAAUAGCAACACCGCCAACACCUCAACCAGUAACUCCAAGAAACUAAAUCAGGCAGAAAAAGAAAAUAAACCUUUAAAUAAGAAUGAGGGCCAAAAGAAAAAUCCUUCUUGUGCUGGUACCAGUACUGGCACUAUGAUUGAUAAACCGAAUAAGCAAUCAAAUUCAGGCGGUUUUGGAAGCGGCAACAGCACCGUUGCUGGUGGCGGAAGUGCUAACCGAAAACGAAACAACGUUGACGGACGUGAAGGUGGUCAAGCGACCCCACAACAACGCAAUGCUAACUUUAGACAACAAAACGGUGAAACACGCGAACAACGCAAUAAUCGUCGCAAUACGAAUCGCGAAAAUAUGUCAUCAGCAAAUGUUGGCAACAGUAUCGGUGCUAUGGAAGCUAGCGCCCAAACGCGCCAAUUUAAAAGUGGCGAUCGUCCACCACGCAAUAAUCGCAAUUUUGAAGGCGGCAAUCGUAAACGAGAAUUUGAUCGUCAAUCAGGUUCAGACAAAACCGGUGUUAAGGCUGUCGACAAACGCGAUGGCUCUGGUGCUCACAACUGGGGGUCUGUUAAGGAUACCAUUGAUGAAGUGAAUACUAAAAAUAAUAAUAAUGAAGACAAUGCGAAUCUUCCUGCAUAUACCAGUGGUGGUACUGAAAAGAUUGAUGAAACCAUUAAUGAACAACCACAAAGCAAUGAGCAAACGAACACCGUGGAGGAAGAAGUAAAAGAAUUGACCCUUGAUGAAUGGAAAGCCCAACAGCAACAAAGAGCUAAACCGCAGUUCAACAUACGCAAGGCUGGCGAGGGCGAGGACACAUCACAGUGGAAGAAAAUGAUUGUUUUGAACAAUAAUAAGAAAAAGGAGAAUGAAAGUGAAGAGGAAUUGGAAUAUGAUCCCGCCAUGUAUCCACAACGUGUAGGACGUCAGCAGCGUAUUUUAGACAUACAAUUCAAUUUCAAUGAUGGUCGUCGCAUUGGCAGCGGUUUUGGUGGACGUGGUCGCGGUGGUGGACGCGGUGGUGGCGGUGGUGGAGGGACCAACGCCCCUCGUUCUACUGGCAAUAAUAAUAAUGAUAGUAAGCCUAGGGCUUCUGGCGGUGGCAGCGCUGGUGGAAUAUCGGGUACGGGUGCCAAUAAUUUAGCCGCCGGUGGCGGUGGACGUGGCGGUAAACGCCAGUUUACGUCAGAUAAACAUCAGCAAAAUUUAGCACUCAAAGUCAACGAUGAACGUCAAUUUCCUACUUUGGCUUAGAAACAAAUGCAAAUGAUUGAAAUUAAACAAAAAAAAAAAAAAAACAAAAUUCGAAAAGAAAAAGCUAAGUAUACUUCACUUUCAAUUGAAAUAAUUACGAGAUCAACUUAUAAUUAAAGCCAAAUAUUCAAUGUGAACGGUCUGUUCAGUUAUUUAGAAAAAAAUCAAAGUGUGAGUGUUAAAAAAAAAAAUUUAUUUAUUUUUUAAUUAUUAUAUUUAGAGUGUUUUUAAUACGCCCUCCAAAAUACAGCGUAAUAAGAAUCACAAAGCAGGUACACAACUGCAUUAAUAUUGUAAGAAAACUUGAAAAAAGCUUUUAACAACUCUUUUAACUUUUUUAAUAAAGACAAGUUUUCCAAACA